GGGAUGCAUCUCAUAAUACACUAGACUAUUGUAUUGGAGGGAUGCAUCUCACAAUACACUAGACUAUUGUAUUGGAGGGAUGCAUCUCACAAUACAUUAUAUACGAAAACUUCAUUACAUGUGCCUUCUUUGUUUUAGAUGCAAUACCUCACACAGCAGAUCAGAUUUCAUAUCCUAUUUCCGAAACUCAGCCUCAUGACCAUCCUCUUGUGCUUUGUCAACCAUGCAUACGUCCAACAAGUGUGUUAACUGACUUUUCAUCUUCUUGUGGUAGAUGCUUUAUUCAUUUCUCUAAUCCACUGUGUUUGUUAGAUCAAGCUGCAAGUUUUUCUGUUUUGCUUGUGUAUUUUUCUGUCUGUAUGUCUCUCCAUCUGUCUGUCUGUCUGUCUGUCUGUCUGUCUACUUCAUUAACUAUUUGUUUGAUAUUUUGUCUACAGACUGUCAUUUCUAUUCCACAACAUCUCAACCACUUGCGACCUCCUGGUCACAAUGCGCUGUGAAUGACGACGUCAUUUGUGUUGUCUCAAGGCAUUGUGCUAGCCGUCAAGAGGCUUUCUGCCGUGCACUAUUGGGUCGCAAGAAAGCCGCAGAUGUUGCAUCAGAACUAACAAGAGCCACUCGUCGAUCAUCCGACAAACUGGAUGACAUUCUAGAAUCCUGGAUGGACAAGGACGGAACACACAAGCUGGUUGAUAUCAAAAAAUGUUGUGAAAGACGGGAUGUGGCUGUGUGGGGCAUCGUGAAAACAAGACUAAGUGAACUGCAUAAAGGUAUACCUGAAGAUGAGUGGCUAGCUAUGAACGUCACUAGGGAAGCAAUUGACAUUCUGAAACUACACGCCAGCCAUAAAUGGGUAGAGAUCGGUUGUGCUCUUCUACAACUCACGAUUGCUCAGUUACACAAUGAGUUAGGGGUGUCCAAUGUGUCCAGCAGUGUUCACGUGAAAUACGCACUUCAAGAAUGGAUGAAACAAGAGGAGCAACCAACGGUUGAUAAAAUACUUGCCGUGUGUGCUAGACAUGAUGUGGGCACUCGUGGCAUCAUAGAGAAAGAACUAAAAGAGCUGAGACGUAAGAACAUCAUCUGAUACGGCAAUACUGCCAAGACUCCUCAGAAUAAGUCAGAAAAUCAGUUGAGAACGAGACCGUGUGCGGAGAUAUAAUGGAGAUAAGUUGAUGGACGAAGAAGAGAGAAAACCAUGUAGACAGAGGCAAACUCUAUAUGUAUAUAUAUAAUAGACACAUUGACAGUUGGACACAGACACACCCACACAGAUGGACACACCCACAGACGGAUGGACACACACACACACACACACACACACACACACACACACACACACACACACACAAUUUUAGAUAUAAAUAUAAUUUGCUUACUUUGCUGCUACUUUUUAGUAGAUUUGUGCACGAGUUUAAGCCCUGUAGACUUGCUGCAUUUUAGUAUAAGUUUUGUGCCAGAAAUUUUGUUAAUUAAAUUGGAAAGUACGUAAUAAUCAUGACAUUUUGAUAUAUUGCGAGACAAAGAAUUGCAACUACAGGAAAGAAACAUUGCAUCCACAGUGAGUAUGUCUCCAUCUGUUAAUAUUUUGUCUACCUGUCUGUCAAUGUGUUUGUCUACCUGUCUGUCAAUAUGUUUGUCUACCUGUUUGUCAAUGUGUUUGUCUACCUGUUUGUCAAUGUGUUUGUCUACCUGUCUGUCAACAUGUUUGUCUACCUGUCCGUCAAUAUGUUUGUCUACCUGUUUGUCAUAUGUUUGUCUACCUGUUUGUCAAUGUGUUUGUCUACCUGUCUGUCAACAUGUUUGUCUACCUGUCUGUCAAUAUGUCUGUCUACCUGUUUGUCAAUGUGUUUGUCUACCUGUCUGUCAACAUGUUUGUCUACCUGUCCGUCAAUAUGUUUGUCUACCUGUUUGUCAUAUGUUUGUCUACCUGUUUGUCAAUGUGUUUGUCUACCUGUCUGUCAACAUGUUUGUCUACCUGUCUGUCAAU